AUGACUACACUGUACUACAUGGCAGCGGUUCUGUUUCUAGUAUUGUUAGCUGGUACCCGCAGCGCCGCAGUCACUAAUGGGAAUAUUGAAUUUGGUUUUUAUCCGGCUAGGAUUCCGACGCCGCAAGAGCCAGAUCCCGUUAGGGCUGGCUGGGAAAAGUUGGAGGAGGGAGGAACACUGCAUGGCCGCGUCGGGGACGGGUCCGCAGGCGAAAAGUUAAGAAAAGGCGCAACCCAGCGGGAGCGGCUAAUUGAUAUGCUUUUUAUGAAUUACAAGACCCACGAGCGACCCACGGAAGGACUGGACGCAGCCACCAUUGUCAAGGUGAACCUACAAAUACAGGCUAUCUUCUCCAUCGAAGUACAGACCAUGGACUACUAUAUGGACACGCUGCUGCGACAGACCUGGACUGAUCCACGUCUCAGGUGGGACCACCUGCCCGAGUUUAAGAACUUUACGCAACCCCUCGUUUCACCCAUGCUCAAAUCGCAGUUAUGGCUGCCAGAUCUUUACGGGUACACGUUGGAUGAGCUGAAAUUUGUGUGGCGAGAAACUCUGCCAGUGGAGCUGCCCAAAAAGAUGGAAGUGCCGGAGUUCAAUACACCCACCAACUUCAGCCUUUUCGACUGCUCUGCCGGGGCCUCCACAUCCACCGGCAACUACUCCUGCCUACUGGCACGUUUUAUGCUCAAACGGCAG